AUGGAGUUCUUGAGAAGUCUGGAGGAUUCGGAGCGAACCAAAUCUAGCAAGCGUUCCAGCUUGACUUCGCUUUCUGGCAACAAGAAUAUUCUGGCUGGAAAAUUCGGUGACGCAUUUAAGCGAUUUGAAGGCAGCUCCCCCAACAAUGGAAGAAUCCCUUCGCCAGAAAGGGAUAUGGCACGUCGUGAUCUCACUCCUAUCGCGGGCUCUGAGGCAACUGAUGGACGUAGUGAUGAUGGUCAUUUCCACGACGACGAGGAUCGCAUGACACCUGAAAUGAGGCGGGAAAUGGAACGACUGAAGCUCCAGGAGGAGGAACAGCGCGUGGAAGCAGCACAAGCCGAAUAUCGAAAGCGGGUUGCUGCAGGACAACGCGGACCACCAGUUCCGCCUAAGAGUAUCGGGGGAGUUUCCCGAGCUGUCAGCAUUCAGAACAGGGUUCAGAGUCUCUUGAAUGAAGACCAAAAGCCGGCCAGCAUUCAAAGAACUGCCCAAGGUUACGGAAAGUACACUGAUGUUCCGGAGACUGGCAACAAGCCCGAUAAGCCUCUUCCUGGAGUUCCCAAGAAGCCCUUGAUGGUGGCAAAAACACGGGUCGAAUCACCUCAAGCACGAGGUCCUUCUUCGACAUCUACUGCACCCCCAGCUCUUACAUCCAAACCUCCGGCGAAACCCCCAGCUCCAAAGAAGCCAGUGCAUCUCAAUAGUCUGCCUACUGGCCAACGACCAUCAUCACCCCAAAAGCCCACACGGGCCCAAACAUCGACGGAAGAGCUGAUUGAGUUUCCCAGACACCAAAUGGUGGACAUGACAGCUAAAGAGAAGGAUGAUUAUAUUCAGGACUUUUCCAAAAGGUUCCCCAGUCUAGGUUCGAUCGAAAUGGUCGAGCGAGAGAUUGGGGGCCAGAACGGAGGAUCAAGCCGGUAA